CAGUUUGUUUAUAAGGCAUAAAUAAAAAGCCCAGCUGAUUCAGUGCACAACUUCAAUUCUAAAUCCCUUGUUGGGUUUCGCUUCUCUCUCAAGCAAGUUCCCAACUUUACCCUCUUCAUCACAGUCCGAAGAAGAAGAAGAAGAAGAAGAAGAAGAGGAGCUUCUUCACACAGCGUCCAAUCGAAAUGGCAAUUGAACACGAAGACGAACUCAAGGACGAGAAGAACCCUAGACCCCUUGACGAAGAUGACAUCGCCCUCCUCAAAACCUAUGGUUUGGGACCAUACUCCACAAGUAUCAAAAAAGUUGAGAAGGAAAUCAAAGAUAUGGCAAAGAAAGUGAAUGACCUAUGUGGUAUCAAGGAAUCUGAUACUGGUUUAGCCGCACCAAGCCAGUGGGAUCUUGUGUCUGAUAAGCAGAUGAUGCAGGAGGAGCAGCCUCUUCAGGUGGCAAGGUGCACAAAGAUUAUAAAUCCAAACUCCGAAGAUGCUAAAUAUGUUAUCAAUGUGAAACAGAUUGCUAAGUUUGUUGUUGGCCUUGGUGACAAAGUUUCCCCCACUGACAUAGAGGAAGGGAUGCGUGUUGGGGUUGAUAGAAACAAAUAUCAGAUUCAAAUUCCUUUGCCACCAAAGAUUGAUCCAAGUGUUACCAUGAUGACGGUUGAAGAGAAGCCUGAUGUGACAUAUAAUGAUGUUGGUGGUUGUAAAGAGCAGAUUGAAAAGAUGCGAGAAGUAGUUGAACUUCCUAUGCUUCAUCCGGAGAAAUUUGUCAAGCUUGGAAUUGACCCUCCAAAGGGAGUUCUUUGUUAUGGUCCCCCGGGAACUGGCAAAACACUUCUAGCAAGGGCUGUGGCUAAUAGGACUGAUGCUUGUUUUAUAAGAGUCAUUGGAAGUGAACUGGUUCAGAAGUAUGUUGGUGAGGGAGCUCGGAUGGUUCGGGAACUAUUUCAGAUGGCUCGUUCAAAGAAGGCUUGCAUUGUCUUUUUUGAUGAAGUUGAUGCAAUUGGUGGUGCAAGGUUUGAUGAUGGUGUUGGUGGUGACAAUGAGGUUCAGCGCACAAUGCUUGAAAUUGUGAAUCAGCUCGAUGGGUUUGAUGCUCGUGGAAACAUCAAAGUUCUCAUGGCAACAAACAGACCUGACACACUAGAUCCGGCACUACUACGGCCUGGACGAUUGGAUCGUAAAGUGGAAUUCGGUCUUCCUGAUUUAGAGAGUAGGACGCAGAUAUUCAAGAUUCACACAAGAACCAUGAACUGCGAAAGGGACAUCCGUUUUGAACUUCUAGCUCGGCUUUGCCCGAAUUCCACUGGAGCUGAUAUAAGGAGUGUGUGCACCGAAGCCGGUAUGUACGCAAUCCGGGCCAGAAGGAAGACUGUAACAGAGAAGGACUUCCUUGAUGCAGUAAACAAAGUGAUCAAGGGGUACCAGAAGUUCAGUGCAACCCCAAAGUAUAUGGUCUACAACUGAGUUUUUUCUUUUGUUGCCUAUUUCCUAGGAGAGACCAUUUUAGCACAAAAAUGUUCCAAGGGGCAUAUGCUUAUUAUUUUCAUUAGUAGUUUGUGAAACUUGCAUGUUGGAAUGCAUACUUUUAAGGUUUACUCUCUUAAAUCCAUGUACCAAACUUUUUUCCCUUGUUAUAAAACGUUCAAAUUGUUUUUC